UCCGCAGCCGGCGCAGUAAAGAGAUCGCGUUCGCGCUGCGUGCACGUUUUGUCGACGAUACCAACGACGGGCGCGUUCGGCGGGACUACUACCCUCGCGUGUUGUGGUGGCGCGUUUCCAGUGCGGUGUGCCCGUAGUGUCGCUACUCGUGUAUUGCUCUCGUUUUCAAGCGUUUUUCGAAUAACAAUAAAUUACUCUGUCGUCGUCGCUGCUUGACGCUCGCGACAAUAACAAUAAUAAUAAUAAUAAUAUGAUUAACGGCGAGAGCGGCGACGGCGGCGGCGGCGGAGUGGCAAAACCGACGCCCCCGCCGACGUUGCCCAAGUCUUACACGCCGAGCGCCGCGGCCGCGUAUCGUCUGGCCAGCAUGGAACGCCUGGCCCAACGUCAGCGAAUUUUCGAACAGGGCGGGCCGGCGCCGCCUUCGUCCACCGCGGCGGCCGCCGCCACUGGCACUACCGCCGCCGCCGCCGCCGCCGUCACUGCCACCGCGUCUGCUGACGAUCUCCACCAGCAUCAUCAGUCGUCGCCGGCCGGACCUCCGCCGCCCGUCACCGCACCUAAACCCGUGCUCGGCACCAAGUUACAAAGCAAACGGGAGUUGUUCUUUAAGAAUGACGUAUCAGCAAACGGUACAAUUUCUGGAACUCAAUCUGCUGUUCAAUCAAGUUCCAAUUCAACUUCUCCAGUUCCCCAUCAGAAUUCUGUUACCAGUAUAAAAACUAAUCAAAGUACAAAUUUACCACCAACCGCACCAAUGAAUUUACCACGAGUACCAGUUGCCAUUAAACCUGAGUCAUCAGCGGAGCCUACAGAAAAUAAAGAAAAACUUUUGAAGACAGAUACGUCGGGUACCGGAAAGGUUAACGAUAGGAAAGUGAAGAAAUUAGAUGGAUAUGUUGGAUUUGCCAAUUUACCUAAUCAAGUAUAUCGUAAAGCUGUAAAGAAAGGCUUUGAAUUCACGCUGAUGGUUGUUGGUAGAUCUGGUCUUGGUAAAUCCACCUUAAUUAAUACAAUGUUCUUGGCUGACAUAUAUGGCAAAGAACAUCCUGGUCCCUCUUUACGUGUUGGUAAAACAGUACGAGUUGAAACUAAUAGAUGUAUGUUAAAAGAAAAAGGUGUAAAUCUUUCUCUUACUGUAGUUGAUACACCAGGAUUUGGUGAUGCUGUUGACAAUUCUGAUUGUUGGCAACCGGUGCUUGAAUAUAUUGAGUCAAGGUAUGAAGAAUACUUAAAUGCCGAAUCUAGAGUUAAUAGAAAAGUACAACAUGAUAGCCGUGUACACUGUUGCUUAUAUUUUUUGGAGUCAAAUAGUCAUGGAAUGACACCUUUAGAUGUAGAAUUUAUGCAGAGACUUCAUGACAAAGUAAAUAUAAUACCUAUUAUUUCCAAAGCAGACACCAUGACUCCAGAUGAAGUGACAGAGUACAAAAAACAGAUUUUAAAAGAAAUUGCUCAGCAUAAAAUCAAAAUUUAUGAUUUUCCUGAUUCUGACAAAGACGAAGAUCGUGAAAAUUUAAAAAAACUCAAAGCACGAGUGCCAUUUGCUGUUGUUGGAUCAACUGAAGUUCAUGAAGUGGAUGGAAAGAAAGUGCGUGGUCGAAAGUAUCCUUGGGGUUUAGUUGAAGUGGAAAAUCUUGAUCAUUGUGAUUUUGUUGCCUUAAGAAAUAUGUUAUUGAGAACACAUUUACAAGAUCUAAAAGAAGUGACUAGUAAUGUACAUUAUGAAAACUUCAGAUUUAGAAAGUUGGCUUGUUUCUCAGCUGAUGGUCCAAAAGGAAUGACCAACUCGUGCGCCCCAGGAGCAAUCAACAAUUCCUUCGUUGCUGUUUGGAAUCCAUUAUCCCAAAUGGAAGACGAGAAACGUGAUCAUGAUGCCAAACUUAAGAAAAUGGAAACUGAAAUGGAACAAGUGUUUGAAAUGAAAGUCAAAGAAAAAAAACAAAAACUUAAAGAUUCAGAAAUUGCUUUGCAACAAAAGAAUGAACAAAUGUUGAAAAGAUUAGAAUCUGAAGCUAGUGAAUUGGAUGAAAGGCGUAGGCAACUUGAAGUAGAAAUCAGAGACUGGGAAUCAAGUAGUGGUGUUAGUCUUGACGAACUGAGAAGGCGGUCAUUAGAAAGAGAGACUACCGAUGGAAAGGAGAAAAAAAUCAAGAAAAAAGGAUUAUUCUGAAACGAGUAGUGCCAUAAUAAUAUGUAUAAAAUCAUAUUAUUAUUUAUUAUUAUUAUUAUUCGACCAAGUUGUAUGAAUCGGGUACAAUCUCGUUUGAACAGUUGUAAUGUAACUUAGACUGUCAAACUUGUUACCAAUAAUGUGUGUGUUUAACACAUUUAUAAUAACAAUAUUCUUUUUAUUUUUUACUACUUUAGUUUUAAUGAUUUAGUCUUAAUAAUUUUAUCGAAUCAUUGAUAAUUGUAAUAUGCGUGAUAUACACACAUUUUUUGAGUAAUAAAAUAAUUUGUAAGUAUUUAUUAUAUACAAAUUGUUUUUCAUUUCCAUAGUGUUUAAAUUUUAAACAAAUGAAGCUCAAUUGUGUUAUCCAAAUAUAAAUGAAUAUUACUGCCUGAAUUUUAUCAAAAGCGUAAUUUUUAAGCAAUCACUAACUGACUAUUUUAUUUAUUCCAAUAAUAACAUCAUUUAAUUUUAAUUGAUGAUGAUGACAACCCUGUAGAAUGUACACAUUUCCCAAGAAAUUGCCAUAUUUUUUGUUUUAAGUUUAUACAACAUUAAAACGUGCAUCAAUACUCAUUAGUAUUAUUAUGUAUUAUGAACUUAAAGUUUUUUUUUCUCAAAACAAUUGUUAUAAACAAAUAAAAUUUUAAAUGUCAUCAAUAUCUGUUACUGAAUACAUUCCUUUAAUAGUUUAAUUACGAACAAACCCAUUAUUAAAGCUGUUAAUGCAUUGCUCAAAGUUUUUUAUGGAUUUUGUUUAUUAAAAUAUUCAUUUAUUUAGUAUAUUAUUUGUUUCUAUAAAUAUGUAUUAUUGCUUGAUUACUGGUGAUUAAUAGUAUUAAUUAAGUGCCCUGACAUUAUGUCCAUCCAAUAGUGCUUACUUUAUGAACUAAUAAACUAGUAUUUUUUAGUUAUUAUUUAUUUUUCUUAGAUGGGAAUAUUGUUAAGGAAGAAAAUUUUAAUUUUAUUUUUGUAUGAAUUUAAAAUUUGAUUUAAUAUUUAUAUAUAUAUUAAAAUGUAAUUAAUAUAUAUAUUAAUUCUUUUACUAUUGUAUUGUAAUGAAUCUUGCCUCUGGUAUCUGUAACUAUUAUCUUUUAUAUUAAUUUUGUUUUAAAUUCAUAUACACUUAUAAAUGUGUGUAUUUCUACAUUUACCAAUUUACCAUACCUAAUUAAUAAUUUUUGGACUGUUGAAAUAGUGAGCAAUAUGUCCUGCACGGUAUCAAUUUAAUUGUUAAAAAACAACUUUGUGCUUUCCAUUAAGUUUAUUCCUCCACCGUGAGUAUCUACUCAAUAUUGUUAAACCGUACGGUAUAUUGUAAAUAUAUUUUUAAAUACCAUUAAGAAAAUAACUAGUAACUUUUUAGAUACUAAAUUACCUACGUAAACUAAAUAUUUUUAGUGUUCUUAUUCAUUCUUUUUAUUUUAAAUUUUUAAAUUAUUAUAUUUUUGGUUUUGAUUUAUUAUAAAUACAAUUACAUUUUUAUAGAAAUUAAUGAUAUUUAUUUGAUUUGUUUAUGUAAUAUAGUUUUUUUUAAAAACUGUACUUAAUAAUAAUUAAUUUGUUUAUUUUAUUUAUUUAAUAUUGACCAAUAUUAUUUAUCCAUUUAAAUAUAAUUCAAUAUAUUUCAUAAUAUGUA